CGCGGGCCUCUCGAUGUCCCCUUAAAGAGAAAGAAUGGCCCACUCUGCUUUGGGGGGGCGGGGCCUCUUUUCACCCCCUAACCAAUAGCAAACGGCGAGGAGAGGCAACCACUAGGCAGCGUUGGCGGUGAACCCCGCCUCCUAGGGGGGCGUGGCGCCUGCCAACCAAUCGGGAGCAGGAGAUGCGAGGAGUGGCAGGUCUGGCUCCGGCGGCGGAGCCAGUCAGCCAGCCAAUCCAUCCAUCUUGAUGUUGAUCCUUGAUUGACCCGUCGUCCCGUCGGCCUUUGAGGAAGCCCAGGGGUGGAGGAAGCCGCCUUGGCCCCACGGCUCUGCCCCUGUCCAUGGGUCUUUUGGCUGCCCGCCCUUGGCGCCCUAGGCUUCCUGGUGGGGCCAACUAGAUCUCCCGGAGGCCCCGGAGAUGGCCGGCGCCAUUGCUUCCCGCAUGAGCUUCAGCUCCUUGAAGAGGAAGCAGCCCAAGACCUUCACUGUCCGCAUUGUCACCAUGGAGGCCGAGAUGGAGUUCAACUGCGAGGUCAAAUGGAAAGGGAAGGACCUCUUUGACCUGGUCUGCCGGACGCUGGGGCUCCGCGAGACGUGGUUCUUUGGCCUGCAGUACAUGAUCAAGGACACCAUGGCCUGGCUCAAGAUGGACAAGAAGGUCUUGGACCACGAUGUCCCGAAGGAGGAGCCAGUCACGUUCCACUUCCUGGCCAAGUUCUACCCGGAGAACGCCGAGGAGGAGCUGGUCCAGGAAAUCACACAACACUUGUUCUUCCUUCAGGUCAAGAAGCAGAUUUUGGACGAGAAGAUCUACUGUCCCCCUGAAGCCUCCGUCCUUCUUGCUUCUUACGCAGUCCAGGCCAAGUACGGAGACUAUGACCCCGGUGUCCACAAACGUGGCUUCCUUGCUCAGGAGGAACUGCUUCCGAAACGGGUGAUCAACCUCUACCAGAUGACCCCGGAAAUGUGGGAGGAAAGGAUCACCGCUUGGUACGGCCAGCACCGGGGGAGAGCCAGGGAUGAGGCGGAGAUGGAGUACCUCAAGAUUGCCCAGGACCUCGAGAUGUACGGCGUCAACUAUUUUGCCAUUCGGAAUAAGAAAGGGACCGAGCUGCUCUUGGGUGUGGAUGCCUUGGGCCUCCAUAUCUAUGAUCCCGAAAACAAGCUGACCCCCAAGAUCUCCUUCCCGUGGAACGAGAUCCGCAACGUCUCCUACAGUGAUAAGGAGUUCACCAUUAAGCCCCUGGAUAAAAAGAUUGACGUCUUCAAGUUCAACUCCUCCAAGCUGCGGGUCAACAAGCUGAUCCUCCAGCUCUGCAUCGGGAACCACGACCUGUUCAUGAGGAGGAGGAAGGCCGACUCCUUGGAGGUCCAGCAGAUGAAGGCCCAGGCCCGGGAGGAGAAGGCCCGCAAGCAGAUGGAGCGGCAGCGCCUGGCGCGAGAGAAACAAAUGCGGGAGGAGGCCGAGCGGACCCGGGACGAGUUGGAGCGGCGGCUCUUGCAGCUGAAAGAAGAGGCAACCAUGGCCAACGAAGCCUUAAUGCGCUCGGAGGAAACGGCGGACCUGCUGGCCGAAAAGGCCCAAAUCACAGAAGAAGAGGCCAAGCUCCUGGCCCAGAAGGCAGCCGAGGCUGAGCAGGAGAUGCAGCGCAUCAAGGCCACGGCCAUCCGGACGGAAGAGGAGAAGCGGCUGAUGGAGCAGAAGGUCCUGGAGGCCGAGAUGCUGGCGCUCAAGAUGGCCGAGGAGUCCGAGCGGAGGGCCAAGGAGGCCGACCAGCUCAAGCAGGACCUGCAGGAGGCCCGGGACUCGGAGCGGAGGGCCAAGCAGAAGCUCCUGGAGAUCACCAACAAGUCCUCCUACACGCAGGCCAUGAGUGCGAGUCCCGCCACCGCCCUGCCUGCCGACCUGCCCGCCUACGGACUCAUCAGCGAGAGCCUCUCUUUUGACUUCAAGGACACCGACAUGAAGAGGCUCUCCAUGGAGAUCGAGAAGGAGAAGGUGGAAUACAUGGAGAAGAGCAAGCACCUCCAGGAGCAGCUGAACGAGCUGAAGACGGAGAUCGAGGCCUUGAAGCUGAAGGAGCGAGAGACCGCCAUGGAUAUCCUGCACAACGAGAGCAACGACCGGGGCAACAGCAAGCACAACACCAUCAAGAAGCUGACCUUGCAGAGCACCAAAUCCCGCGUGGCUUUCUUUGAGGAACUCUAAAGCCAACGGGUCGGAAGAGUCGCUCACAAACCCAACGCCGGAAACGAAUCUGCCGCCUGUCCUUGGACCUCCUUUUUGUACUGUUUGCUAACCUUUGUAAUAGCGCAUGACGGCGGCACUCCGUUUUUGGCCACCGUUUUUCCUAUUUCUCCUUUCCUUUGGGAGAGAAUAUAGAUCUAUAUAUAUUUGUACGAAUGGUUCCCCUUGACACCCUCUCCCUUGUUUUUGGGGAAACGUGAAGAAUUUUUCCUCCUCCGUUGUAUUGGAUCCCUGUUUAUUUGGACUUUAUUGCACCAGCCUGUUGUUAAAGGACAUAGGAAGAUGUCGCCAUUGCGACACAUGGUUUUAUUGUUUACACUCCGCUGCAGUAGCCGCUUUCGGUGAAGUUACUUAUUUGGUCGUUUUCUAACUGCGUUAUUAUUGCCACCUUCCUCGGCUCCUUGAUAUCGCUAUUGCGGUAGAACAAAACUAUCGUAGACGAUGUUGUGGCGGACGGAAAUUAUGACACAAGGAAGAAUCGUGGCUCCGUCAACAACCUUUUCUUGUCGGUAAAAAGAGACGAUCCGAUGACAUUUCAAGCACAACGCAAUGAUCAUCCCCAACCGUUCCGUGCCUUCUCCUUUUGAACAUAAUAAUACAGAAUCCAAAUACCAGCUUGUUGUUCGGUUUGUUAAGGAAACCCUUCUCCAGGAAUUUGGGCGUUUCAUAAAGAAGGAAAAUGAGUGAGGAAGUGGAGGACAAGGAAGUCAAAUUCAGGAAGACAAGGAAAUGAUAGAAUCGAAAUUUAGGAAGACAAGAAGGCAAUAUUCCAGGAUGGAUAGGAAUUUGGGAAGGUGAAAAGGCUAUUCAGGGAGAUGAGAAGGUCACAUUCGAGAAGAGGAAUUGAAAUUUGGGAAGGCUCGAGGAAAUUCAGGAAGACAAGAAGGCAAUCUUCGGGAAGAUUCAUAGGAAUUUGGGAAGACGAGAUGGAACCAAGGACACCUUUUCCUUCCCUGCAUUUUUCUGGUCUAUUUUGAUCAUUAAAGUAUAUUGAUCAAG